ACAUGUUCCAUGCAUAUGUGGACACCGCCAAUGACCGCUGCAAUGAGAUUGAUCAGACCCAGUCCCAUCAUCAUCGUCAUUCGAGAAAACACUCCAUAUGUAGACACACGCCACCAAUCAAUUAAGAAAACGACAGUCUACCGACAUGGCUAGGCUAGUUGUCCCCCUCCCUCUGCCCCACACCCGCCUCCCCACCUUCAUCCACACACACACUAUCAGGGUCGAACCUGAAACCCUCACCCACUCCAACCUCUCCCUCUCUCGAGCACCCACUCCCCACAUUGCCGCCCCCUCCCGCUGUCUGCCCAUCUCUCGUCUGCACUGAUGCAGACGGCCAGUCAGGCACCACAACCGAUGAGAAUGGGUGUCUCACUGGUGGGAAGGGUGAUGCGGGUCGGGGGAAGGGCGAGGCGAAAAUGGGUCGAUACGGCGACAGGCUGGCCGACGGGUGGGGAGGGGUGAGGGGCGGGCGAAUGCUACCGAGGUAGCGCGCACGCGUCGAGGGGACAUUGCAGUACCCGGGCAGAAACGACGCGCCGCUGGGACGGGGCCGGACGACAGGGUAGUGCUGCUGCUGCUGAUGCUGAUAUGGGGCGACAGACAGCGAUGGAAAGGCAGUCGCCGAUUUGGCCGCUGGUGGUGGGACGAAGGGCUUCACCUCCGGCACUGGACUCUGGCCCCCAUCAGCGCUCUCCUCGGCCGGCGUCUCCCCCACUGGCGUGUCUGAUACUUUGAGGGGCGGGGUGGUCGUGUCCGCGGCUUGGCGCUCUUCUCCUGGCUGCCCGCUGGUCGCGUCGCUCUGGUGGCCGAUCUGCUCACGUAUUACGUCCGCCCACAUGGCCGCCCGUCGCUCGGUCGAGCAGAGAAUGGUCAGAGGGGGGAGGGACGGGGUGGUGGGCUUGAAGUGCACCGUGAACUGCCGCGAUUCGGCCGCCAUCUCCACACGAGCAGCCGACGAGAGGGGGAAGAUCCGCGGUGGGGCAUCCUGGUCGCCCUUGUCCGCUUCCUGCGCGGCCCCACUGAUGCGUAUGGCAGCCGUCGUGAGCGUCAUGGAGGCGAUGGUGGACUUGUCGGCGCUCUCCACCACGUGCACCAUCCCCGUCUCAAGUUCUCUCUCCUCGCCCGACACCCCCCUGCCCUUCUCCCCUCCAGCCGUGCUCUUAUCGGCCUCAUUCUCGCCACCCGCCUCGACAAAGCGCUCGAUCGUCUCGAGCAUACGAUUUCGCUCAUCUUCAGGUAGCCGAUGGUGCGGCUGGUGGUGGGUGGGUGGAGGGAAGACAGCGUGUGAGGGCGGGGUGGCGGUGUGCCGUCGGGUGGUCGGAAGACCCGACAGCUGCUCCUCGUCUUCUUCCUCAUGACCAUCGGCAGCAGGGUGAACUGACGGCGCCUCUGCCGAAUCAUGCUGGACCUCACCAAGCCCUCGCAGCCCAGUAGCCUCCCCACUCCCCUGAUCAUGAGCAGCACGCACCCUCCCCAUGUGGAAAAGUGGUUGGGGGACAGUCGUCAGGGUGCUGGCAGCCGGCGUCCUGAGGCUGAGGCUGCCCUGAGGCGGCAGUGUGCGAGAGGGGACAGAGGGGGAGGCUGGUCGAGUCCAGUGGCGGGAUGGCGGGAGGGACUCGAUCACGUCGGAUUCUGGUGCGGGCACCGCCGGUGAUGCCCUGACCUGUGGCCACACAGACACACAGACUCACUCACAUGUUUUUUUUUAUGACAGAUGCCUCUCCGUGAGUGAGUGUGUGUUCGUAUCUACAAUACCUGUAUCUCUCGCAGCUCCAGCUGUGCCUUGAGCAGUUCAUUCUCAGCCUCAACGCAUCUGAGUGGCACACGGCGAGCAUUCACCUCCCUCUCAUCCCUCAUUCCGUUCCCUUCCCUCUCCCACCCACCUAAUCCUUGCUAUCAGCUGCGCGCAUCUAGGACACCCGUCAACCCCCAAUGCCGGCGCCGCCACACACACGUUCCGCAGCGUCACUGUCCGUGAGCCAGCCGCACCAUGACGAUCUGCAGACGAGCGGUAGGGGCUGGCCGCGUCCUUCAGCUGCAUCGAAGGGUGCCCUGACAGCGGGACAGACGGCAUCGACGGUGACAAGUUCUCAAAAGCUAGAGUGCGAUUGACACCUGAUAACGGACAGCGCAAUAAACACUCGUGACAAUGAGGGAGGGCAUGUAGACAGUCUGUGUGUGUACCUUUCUUGCGCUGCGAGGUGUUGGCACUGACAGGCAUGGCCAGCUGGCAGUGAUACCGGCUCGUGUUGAGAGGUGUGGGCGCCAAAAGGGGGGCUGACGGACGACCAUGUCGACGGAGCUCAUCGCUCCUGCCCAUCCCAAGGGAGCUCCUCGUCCUCGCCCGCCCUCCAUGGUCCGACUUGGGCGUCAGUGAGCCGCUCGCCUCGGCUGCUGCUCCCUGUAGCCCAUCAAACAGCCCUUUCUUGACAACAGCCCCGCUUCUGACACCAGUUGUGGACUCGUGAAGCCGGUGCAGAGGCCCUGGGCGGCUUUGCUGAUGGAUUGAGAGGAUGGGUGACGAGAUGCGCGAGCGACGCAGGGAGGCUGGCGGUGAGAGGGACCGCUGUCUUGCUGGUGAUGACGGUGAAUCGCGCUUGUGGUUAUGCGUCAUGAUGAGAAAAGGGAGGCAAAAGGGAGAAAGAAG